UUAGCACCAAAUCAAGUUACCUUCUGGUCCUGGAGCUUGAAACAGUCGCCAUUUGUGCCAUCACCAGAAGGCGGUGUAACUGAAAAAACUUGAAGCAUUCUCCAUUUGUGCCAUCACCAGAAGGGCGGUGGAAGCUGUUAACUACGUGGAGCAAGGAGCAGGUGGUUUCGUUCCAAUAUGAUGAUGAGGUUUGCACGUACAAUUCAUCGCGGCAGCAGAAUUCAUAGCCAUCGUUCUUCAUUCUUACUCUCAAACGCUUUACGUUGCAACAAUCACUCCCCCGCUGAUCUUCUACGCCGCGAGAUGAGUACGGAGACGGAAAGUAUUGUUGCUCGGCUCAAGAGUUCUGGUUUAUUUCAAACGAAAGGUCUUAUUGGAGGGAAAUGGACCGAUGCGUAUGAUGGGAGGACUAUCGAGGUUAACAAUCCUGCUAGUGGGGAUGUUAUAACUUCUGUUGCAUGCAUGGGUGAGAGGGAAACACAAGAUGCAAUUUCUUCAGCCUAUGAAGCUUUUAGACAUUGGAGCAAGCUUACUGCUGCUGACAGGAGUGGUCGUCUACGUAAUUGGUAUAACUUACUGAUGGCACAUAAAGAAGAGCUUGGACAACUUAUAACUUUGGAGCAAGGGAAACCUCUAAAAGAAGCCAUUGGGGAGGUCACAUAUGGGGCUACUUUCAUUGAGUUCUUUGCAGAGGAGGCAAAACGUGUUUAUGGUGACAUAAUUCCAUCAGCACUGCCUGAUCGCCGCCUGUUUGUUCUAAAGCAGCCUGUUGGUGUGGUUGGUGCUGUCACUCCGUGGAAUUUCCCCUUGGCAAUGAUUACUCGGAAGGUUGGCCCUGCUCUUGCCUGUGGCUGUACUGUGGUCAUAAAGCCUUCCGAGCUUACACCAUUGACUGCCUUAGCAGCAGCUGAGCUUGCCCUUCAAUCUGGAAUUCCACCAGGGGUCUUGAAUGUGGUCAUGGGAGAUGCUCCUACUAUCGGAACAUCUUUAAUGGAGAGCCCGCAGGUAAGGAAGAUAACGUUUACUGGUUCAACAGCUGUUGGAAAGAAAUUGAUGGCUGGUGCAGCCGAGACUGUAAAAAAGGUAUCUCUUGAACUUGGUGGGAAUGCACCUUGCAUAAUCUUCGAUGAUGCAGACCUGGAAGUGGCACUGAAAGGGAGUUUGGCAACCAAAUUCCGUAACAGUGGACAAACAUGUGUAUGUGCAAAUAGAAUACUUGUACAAGAAGGCAUAUAUGAGAAAUUCACAAAUGCCUUCUCAAAGGCUGUUCAGAACCUUAAAGUUGGCAAUGGUUUUGAUGAAGGUGUGGCUCUGGGACCACUUAUCAAUGAGGCUGCUGUACAGAAGGUUGAAUCAUUUUUGCAAGAUGCUAUUUCAAAGGGAGCCAAAACUCUUCUCGGUGGUAGGAGGCAUAGCCUUGGCAUGACUUUUUAUGAGCCUACGGUUAUCGGUGAUGUCAAGAAUGAGAUGCUCAUAGCAAGACAGGAAGUAUUUGGACCUGUUGCACCUGUUUUACGGUUUAAAACUGAAGAAGAAGCCAUACAGAUUGCUAAUGACACUAAUGCAGGAUUAGCUGCUUACGUAUUCACAAACAGCAUUCAACGUUCAUGGCGUGUUUCUGAAGCUCUUGAAUACGGUAUUGUUGGAGUCAACGAAGGAUUGGUUUCUACAGAGGUGGCUCCGUUCGGAGGUUUUAAGCAGUCUGGUCUAGGACGCGAAGGUUCCAAAUAUGGAUUGGACGAGUAUCUUGAAAUCAAGUACAUUUGUAUGGGAAACAUGGGCUAAUUCGGGUUCUCUACCGAACUUGAAGCUGUUUUUUCACAUGAUGUAAUAAAAUUAUGAAGAAAAAAGCAACAAAAAAUGAAAGGCUUUCGGGAAAUGAUGGUAACAUGGUUUGAGGUUUUUUUUGUUUGUAGAGCGGAGAGUUUGUAAUUUAUCGUUCUUUCUUUUGGUAUGAAUUCCAUGUUCUUUAUCAUCUAAAAUAAAUGGAAUCUGGUUUCCUUUUUCUUUGACAAAACAUUAGUUCAAUAAAUAACAGGAGUCAUGGUUCA